AAUCCAAUUCGUUCAUGGUGUAUCUUUCAAAAAAGAUAAAUAUUUCUUGAGCACAAGACAAAAUUGAUUGAUUCGUCGAAUUACACUAAAGUCUAACGACCAAUGUUUCAAAAAAUCAUUUUAGUUUUCAUUAUACUAAACGGUCAACUGAUUUGUGAAGCUUCGGUGGCAGAUUCGUGGAUUCUAUUUGUGAAAGCAAUGAAACACUCAUGGAAUAAGUGUCCGGUUGAUAACGGAGCCUGGCAAUGUUUGAAACGAUCCAGCCUGGAAGUGUUCGACAAAAUGACCAAAGAAAGUGUGAUUUCUCUAACAGAAAAUGUUAGACUUAUAAAGCACCGACAUCAUAGAAAGCUUUCGUACGACAGUCACACGGAAGUGAAUAAGAAUCUGUUGGACGUGUCAUCAUUAUCGUUAGAGUCGUGGUCCGAACAUAUUUUAGACAGUUUGUUUAAUCUCUAUGAUACACACACGCUUACCAUUGGGAAGGCAUUCAGUGAAGGCCGUCGCAGACAUCGCAAUGAUAUGAUGCCCAUGAUGAUAUUGAGCGCAACAGCACUUGGAAUUUUUGUGGUUCCAAUUGGUCUUCAGGCUCUGUUAAUAGUAUGCGGGAAGGCAAUUCUCCUAGCCAAAAUGGCAUUGCUGAUUUCGUCAAUUAACGGGUCAAGCACGGUAGAGCAUUCUGGUGCACAACACAGUCAUGGUCAUGGAUUUCAUUAUUGGAACAGAGGCGAUGUAGAGCAACCUAGAUCUAGGCGAAUGGUUUUUGGAAUUUGAUUUUUGUUUUUUUGUUUUUUGUGAAUUGUUCCGUGAGGGUAUGAAUGUGAAAAAUAAAGUUAAGUUUUGAGUGUAGAGAGUGAUUUUCCUAUGGACUGUCUUUCAAUUUAAUAUAAUUUCUGAUCAUGGGUUAGGGAACUGUUCAAAAAAAAAAGUCACAUCCUUGCAC